AUGUCCCUGCCCGCCCGCUCCCCGGGCCCCCUGGGCGGGGGACGUGCAGCGAUCCCCGCCCCGCGCUCGGCCAUGGCGCGGAGCGGCGGCGGCGAGGGCUCCCCGGCGCCCGACUCCGCGGCGACGGAGGCGGCCUGGCGCCGCGCCGCGGCGGCGGAGAAGUCGGCCUACGGCCGCUUCUGCGAGAAGCUGCGGCACCCGUCGGCGAAGCCGGUCGUGCACCGCAUGCACCAGUUCGUGACCGAGUUCGCGGCCGGGCGGCCGACCUCGGAGGCCGCGGAAGAGAUCCACCGCUUCCAGGACCGCGCGGCGGCGUGGAUGCUCUCAAAGGCCGUGGUCUUCGCGGCGGACGCCGACGAGGAGGGGACGCGGGAGGCGGAGGAGGGGCUGGAGAAGUUCCUCCUGUGCCGCUUGUACCCCAAGCUCUUCGCGGCAACCCCGCAGAUCGAGAGGCAGACGCCUUCCUGA